GGCUCCCCUUCCCCGGAGGUACCGAGGGAGCGUCGGUACCCGAGUGCGCUCUCUGCGCGUCCCCGUCCUCCCCGUCCCCCGCCGGCCCCGGGUUUGCUCCGGGCGGCGCCGGCGGGGCAUGGAGGCAGCGCACAGCGUGCCGGUGCGGGACGUGCUGAGCCGCUUCGGUGUGACCGAGAGCUGCGGGCUCAGCCCCGAGCAGGUCCGCCGCAACCGGGAGAAGUACGGCCCCAAUGAGCUCCCUGCAGAAGAAGGAAAGCCCCUCUGGGAGCUGGUGCUGGAGCAGUUUGAAGAUCUCCUGGUCCGCAUCCUUCUGAUGGCAGCAUUCCUCUCCUUUAUCCUGGCCUGGUUUGAAGAAGGAGAGGAGAGCACGACAGCCUUCGUGGAGCCCAUUGUCAUCAUCAUGAUCCUGAUUGCCAACGCCGUGGUGGGCGUGUGGCAGGAGAGGAAUGCUGAGAGUGCCAUCGAGGCCCUGAAGGAGUAUGAGCCCGAGAUGGGGAAGGUGAUCCGUGCCGACCGCAGCGGGGUGCAGCGGAUUCGUGCCCGCGACAUCGUCCCUGGGGACAUCGUGGAGGUGGCAGUUGGUGACAAGGUACCAGCAGACAUCCGCAUCAUCGAAAUCCGCUCCACCACGCUGCGGGUUGACCAGUCCAUCCUCACAGGGGAGUCCAUGUCGGUGAUCAAACAUGCUGACCCCAUCCCUGACCCCCGUGCUGUCAACCAGGACAAGAAGAACAUGCUUUUCUCUGGCACCAACAUCGCAGCUGGGAAGGCCGUGGGAAUCGUCAUUGCAACAGGGGUGUACACAGAGAUCGGGAAGAUCCGAAACCAGAUGGUGGAGACAGAGCCUGAGAAAACCCCCUUACAGCAGAAGCUGGAUGAGUUCAGCCAGCAGCUCUCCAAAGUGAUCUUCCUGGUGUGCAUCGCCGUCUGGGUCAUCAACAUCAGCCACUUCAGUGACCCUGUCCAUGGUGGCUCCUGGUUUCGAGGUGCCAUCUACUAUUUCAAGACAUCAGUGGCCCUGGCAGUGGCUGCCAUUCCUGAGGGCCUCCCAGCUGUCAUCACCACGUGCCUGGCAUUGGGCACUCGCCGCAUGGCCAAGAAGAAUGCCAUCGUGAGAAGCCUGCCCUCGGUGGAGACGCUGGGGUGCACCUCUGUCAUCUGCUCCGACAAGACCGGCACCCUCACCACCAACCAGAUGUCUGUCUGCCGGAUGUUCAUCAUGGAGAAGGUGGAGGGUACCCAGUGCAGCCUGCAUGAGUUCAGCAUCACCGGCUCCACCUAUGCCCCCGAGGGACAGAUCCUGAAGGACGAGCGGCCGGUGCAGUGCGGGCAGUACGAUGGGCUGGUGGAGCUGGCAACUAUCUGUGCUCUCUGCAACGACUCCUCACUGGACUACAAUGAGUCAAAAAAAGUCUAUGAGAAGGUAGGGGAAGCCACUGAAACUGCCCUGACGUGCUUGGUGGAAAAGAUGAACGUCUUCGACACGGACACCAGCAAGCUCUCCAAGGUGGAGCGAGCCAACGCCUGCAAUUCAGUGAUCAAACAACUGAUGAGGAAGGAGUGCACCCUUGAGUUCUCUCGCGAUCGCAAGUCCAUGUCGGUGUAUUGCACGCCCACUGGUCCCGGUCACAACUCUGCUGGCAGCAAGAUGUUUGUCAAGGGUGCCCCAGAGAGCGUGAUCGAGCGCUGCACCCAUGUCCGUGUGGGCACAGCCAAGGUUCCACUGACCACACCUGUGAGGGAGAAGAUCCUGAGCCGGAUCCGGGACUGGGGCAUGGGCAUCGACACGCUGCGCUGCCUGGCAUUGGCCACCCAUGAUGCACCCGUCCACAGGGAGACCAUGCAGUUGCACGACUCCACCACCUUUGCCCACUAUGAGACCAAUCUGACCUUUGUGGGCUGCGUGGGGAUGCUGGACCCUCCCCGCAAGGAGGUCACUUCCUCCAUUGAGAUGUGCCGCAAGGCCGGCAUCCGCGUCAUCAUGAUCACGGGGGACAACAAGGGCACGGCGGUGGCCAUCUGCCGCCGCAUCGGCAUCUUCACGGGGAGCGAGGAUGUGUCUGGCAAGGCCUACACGGGCCGGGAGUUUGAUGAGCUGUCCCCAGAGGCACAGCGGCAGGCGUGUCGCGAGGCUCGCUGCUUCGCCCGCGUUGAGCCGGCGCACAAGUCCCGCAUCGUUGAGUACCUGCAGUCCUUCAAUGAGAUCACCGCCAUGACGGGCGAUGGCGUCAACGAUGCCCCAGCCCUGAAGAAAGCCGAGAUCGGCAUCGCCAUGGGGUCCGGCACGGCUGUUGCCAAGUCAGCUGCUGAGAUGGUGCUCUCUGACGACAACUUCUCCACCAUCGUGUCGGCCGUGGAGGAGGGCAGGGCCAUCUACAACAACAUGAAGCAGUUCAUCCGCUACCUCAUCUCCUCCAACGUCGGGGAAGUUGUGUGCAUCUUCCUGACAGCCAUCCUGGGCCUGCCCGAAGCCCUCAUCCCAGUGCAGCUGCUGUGGGUGAACCUGGUGACGGAUGGGCUGCCAGCCACCGCGCUGGGAUUCAACCCCCCUGAUCUGGACAUCAUGGACAAGCUGCCACGCAACCCCAAGGAGCCUCUUAUCAGUGGAUGGCUCUUCUUCCGUUACCUGGCCAUUGGAGUGUACGUGGGGUUGGCCACGGUGGGCGCAGCGACCUGGUGGUUCUUGUACGACACCGAGGGACCGCAGGUCUCCUUCCAUCAGUUGAGGAACUUCAUGCGAUGCACUGAAGACAACCCCAUCUUUGAAGGAGUUGACUGUGAAAUCUUCGAGUCUCGAUACCCGACCACGAUGGCUCUGUCUGUGCUGGUUACAAUUGAAAUGUGCAAUGCCCUGAACAGUGUCUCUGAGAACCAGUCACUGCUGCGAAUGCCCCCAUGGCUCAACCUCUGGCUGCUGGGGGCCAUCGUCAUGUCCAUGGCUCUGCAUUUCUUCAUCCUCUACGUCAAGCCCAUGCCUCUCAUCUUCCAAGUGACCCCGCUGAGCUGGCCACAGUGGGUGGUUGUCCUGAAGAUCUCCCUGCCCGUCAUCCUGCUCGACGAAGGACUCAAGUACCUUUCCCGUAACCACCUGGAGGGAAUUCUCAGGACAGUAAGAAACACGUGGAGCGGGGAGCAUCAACUGAAAACCUGCAGGACUCCAGAGCAAGGGAGAAGAGGACAAGAAAUGAAUGACACGAAGGAGACGCUCCAAGCUAAAGGACCCCAAACGUGUAACUCGGACUGAGGGUUUGCAUGCGUGCCCACCACUAGCAGCCAGCAGGACAUGCAUGUGUCCCACUACCAGACAAAUGCGGGUGAAUCGUCGAAAAGAAAAAACCCUGAUUUUGUUUUGUUUUGUUUCGUCGCUUUCCUUUUCCUGUACAUAACAGUGCAAUCGCUGGCCAGCUGGCGGAGGGCUUUGGGGAUGGAGCUACAGGGCCAUGGUGUGGUUGGAACGUGGUUCCUUGGGGAUUUGUUCCUGCAGCAUUGAAGGCCCUCUCACAAAGCUUUGUCCCAGCACAGUGAGCUGAGUCAGGGCAGGGAGCCACGGGGGUGGUUGGGGUUUGAGGCAUAAGAUGGGGUCUGUGGGGUGCGGUGAUGCUGGGGACAGCAUCAGGGUGAGGUGUCCUGGAGGACCGCUGGUGCCAUGGUUGUGUGUGUGUGCAGCAGAAGCUGGAGGUCUCCCUGUGCUGCUGUCCUCUGGCCCUUCGCCUUCUCAGGUUCAUUCCACACCAAAUUGUGGCGUGGUUUUGUCCGUUCCCCUCCAUCCGAUGUCUUGUGAGCUCCUACCAGCACUGCUCAAGGUGCAGCCAUCUCCUCCAGAGGUAUUUGAAGCCAAGCGCGGGGACGAACAAGGCGUCCUCGUGUCCCCACUUGCUCCUGGUCACGCAUCCUUUGCUCAGUUAUUUUCAAUUAUUUCCCUGCCAGGAGCUGUGCAGAGAGCAUUAAGUCCUUAGGGGAACUGUGAGUUCGUGUCCUUUGCCAUGGGGAACCCCACUGUCUUGCACAGCACACCCCUGACACCCACCAUCAGGAUGGGAAUGAAUGUAUGCUUGUACAGAAGGUCCCCCAGCAGCACCCCUUGGUAGGACACCAGAGGUUGUUUCCUCCAGGAGGAUGGUGCAGGCCGCAGUGGGAGGUGGUGGAUCAGGGCGGUUUUGGGAUUCAGUCCAUUGAGCUGCAGGGGGGGUCGUCCAUCCCAGCUCCCCACAUGCUCCCUCCCGUUUUCCUUCCUUCUCCCCACGAUCCAUCCUGGUGAUGCUUAGCUACUCUCUACCUUUGCUUCCUCCCAAAUCCCAGCCUGGAGAACCCAACAGCACUAGAGCCAGGCUUUGCGAUAGCAUCUUGCUGUUUCACUUUUGCCUCUUAAAAGCUUUCAGUGCUUUUCUUGUUCCUCUUUCCCACGGGCAGGAGCACACCUUGCCCUGGGCACUACGAGCAGAAGCCAUCCUUCUUUCUUUUCUCCAUCACCAGCAUUGACAAAGAUGAGCAGAGCCCCCAGACCAAUGGGAAUGUACAGAAUUGUUAUACUACUGAGCUGAUCUAAUUGUACAGAAAACCUUGCAUGAGAUGUUGUUACUGUAUUUAAUAUAUAAUGUAUUCAAGGGAUUUUAAUAUGGAGCUCUUUAGGAAGAUCUUUAUAGUUACUCUGUGGUUAGAAGAAGGUUGUUGCUGAUUUUUUAAAAAUUAUUAUUAUACUUUGUCUUGAAGAAGUUUUAUUUUUCAAACAUUAUGUCUGAGUUAAUUGGUGUUCCCAUGGGGACAACCAAUUCCUCUUAAAGGGCAAUUUUUCCCACAAAUGAGACUCAGCCUGGUGCAGAAGGACAGGACAUGCCCCAGGUACUGCUUCCACCUUCCACAGGGCUUCCAUAGGGCUGCAGGUGUGGGGUUUGCCCUUCACAAAAAGGGUGGAUUUCUCCAUGGUUUGGUACAGAUCAUCCCCAGUUCUCUGUGCAGGAUGAUAUCCAGCAGGAAUUUCAUUCAGCACCCAAUGUCAGCACAGCAUUUUAUCCAGUACCGGCUCAGGGACUUCUGAGGAGAUGUUCUUCUGUUUCUCUGGGGCUGGAAGAUAAUUUGGGAGAGGUCAGAGCUGAUUCAGAGCAUCCCACCCCAUCAGUAGGAUCUGGUGAAGUUUUCAGCUUCUCAGU